CGGCUCCGAUCGGCUCCUCUCGGUUCCACUCGGCUCGGAGCUGCAGCUGGAGCUGCGGAGGAGAAGCAGCUGAGAUCAGCGCUCAGGUGAAGCGGCUCCGUCACAGCUGGAUGAAUGAGAGCAGAACCGAACCGGCAGCUCGGGUCUCGGAGGGCGGCGGGCUUUAGGUCAGCGGCGGCGGCGGCUCCGCUCCUCCACAUGCGCCGCGUGUGCGCCCCGGCCGGCGCCGCGCUGUGCGGGCUCCGCGGCGGGAGCGCAGCCCGGCGGUAGAUGGACCAACAUCUGGGGUGCCAAACAGGUGUCAGGGAAGUGUCGUCACGAAGCCCGGAAGCCGGAGGAGGAGGUGGGAGCGUCAGAGGGAAAGAUGGCAGCGAAGUCCGAUGGUCGCGGGGUCGUCACCGGCUUCGCGCAGCUGCACAACCUGGACGAGGUGGUGGGCUCCGGGGAGGACGACCCCCGGGGCGGCAGCUCCUUCCACAUCUGCCACUGCUGCAACACCUCGUCGUGCUACUGGGGCUGCCGGAGCGCCUGCCUGCAUUACCUCCGGGGGAAGGGGAAGGGGAAGGGGAGGGACGCGGUGCGGCCCCCGCAGGAGCGGCGCCUCUGGCUGGACUGCCUGUGGAUCGUCCUGGCGCUGCUGGUCUUCUUCUGGGAUGUGGGCACCGAUCUGUGGCUGGCCGCCUCCUACUACCAGCGGCGGGACUUCCUGUGGUCGGGCCUGACCCUGUUCUUCGUGCUGGUGCCCUCGGUGCUGGUCCAGAUCCUGAGCUUCAGGUGGUUCGUGCAGGACUACACGGGGGGCGGGCUGGGCUCCGUGGAGGGGCUGAGCAGCCGGAGAGCGGCGGCCGGAGCGCAGAGGGACCGCUGCUGCCGCGCGUCCGUCUGGCUGUGGCAGAGCGUCAUCCACCUGCUGCAGCUGGGACAGGUGUGGAGGUACAUCCGGACCAUGUAUCUGGGCAUCCAGAGCCACCGGCAGAAGGAGAACCAGCGGUGGUUCUACUGGGCCAUGAUGUAUGAGUACACUGACGUCAACAUGCUGCGACUGCUGGAGGCCUUCCUGGAAAGUGCUCCUCAGCUGGUGCUGCAGCUCUGCAUCAUGAUCCAGAGCAACAAGGCUGAGUGGCUGCAGUGUGUCUCUGCCCUGUCGUCUCUCCUGUCCCUGGCCUGGGUGCUAGCUUCUUACCACAAACUCCUGCGUGACUCACGUGACGACAAGAAGAGCAUGAGUUACCGAGGUGCCCUGGUGCAUCUGUUCUGGCGCCUCUUCACCAUCUCUUCACGGGUGCUCUCCUUCGCCCUGUUUGCCUCUGUUUUCCACAUCUACUUUGGCAUUUUUGUGGUGCUCCACUGGUGCGCCAUGGCCUUCUGGGUCAUCCAUGGCGGCACCGACUUCUGCAUGUCCAAAUGGGAGGAGGUACUGUUCAACAUGGUGGUGGGCGUGGUGUACGUCUUCUGCUGGUUCAACGUGCGUGAGGGCCGGACGCGGUACCGAAUGGUGGCCUAUUACACGGUGGUUCUGCUGGAGAACGCCGUCCUCAGCUCCCUGUGGUAUGCAUACCGCGACCCAGCCGCCACCGACGCCUAUGCCUCUCUAGCCCUCUGUGGCGUCUUCCUGUGCUUUGCCUCAGGUGUGGCCUGCAUGGUUCUCUACUACGGGGUUCUCCACCCCAUGGGCCCCCGCCUGAGGGUUCUGGCCAGUUCCUGCUGCGCCGAGCUGCUGUGGGGCCUUCCGUUACCCCCCGAGGCCGAGCCCAUGGCCCCCACGCCGGGGCCCCAUGGCUCCCAGGCCACGCCCACGCGGGGUCUGGCGGGGGAGCAGGUGGAGUCGGACGAAACCGCCACGGACACCUGCCUUCCGGUUUUCCAGGUGAGGUCCACAGAGCCAGUGGACGCCGCCGGGAGGCCCAUCCGACCCGAGGGUCCGCUCAUCAAGAUAGACAUGCCCAGAAAACGCUACCCCGCCUGGGACGCUCACUUUGUGGACCGGCGCCUGCGCAGGACCAUAAAUGUGCUGCAGUACAUUAGCCCCAACGCCGUGGGCAUCAGGUACAGGGACGGGCCGCUUCUCUACGAACUCCUGCAGUACGAAUCGUCCCUAUGAAGGCAUCUCCGUCCACCACUACAGUUUGGGUCAUCUCUGCUCCUUCCCUCUAUGUCCUCUCUCCGUCCUCCUCCAUCUUCAGGACGUUCCCUGCAGGAGACGUCGGUUCUGUCACCUUUCAGACAUUCAUGAGUUCUGUUUGGAGAAAACACAGAGAAGAUGAUGAACCUCCAGAAGCUCUGCGACAUGCAGACGUCUCAUAGAACCCCUCCACACUGACAGACGAGGGCUCUGUAUGAGUGUAGAUAACAUAUGAAUGUUUCAUUAUGAAAUGUGUUUAAUGCAUUCUACUGUAUCGGUGAUUGAACCUGUGAAUACUUGUGAAGGGCAUACUGUACGUUCCGGAGACAUGGGACUGACGCAAAGCCUGAUGGGAAUGAUGGAGGAGCGUCUUGGAGGGGCAGGUCUUUGCACAUCCCAACAUUUACUGCCACUGUUUAUGUGAAGCAUUCAGAUAUCUGAUCGUGUUUACUGAGUCUAUAGCCCGGGUUCUAAAGCAGAACUGGAACCUUCUGCCUGUAGGUUAGAAAUCGGACACAAACAAAGCAGAACGGAUCGGUUCUGCAUUUCUUUUCAAAAUCCUAAACGUUGGCAGAAAAAGGAGCACACUGACCUUCAAUCGGUUUCAGAUGAUGAUUGUCACGGUGCAGACUGCCCUCCGGUGGAGGCCGGCUGUAACAGCAGCCUGAUGGCAGACCCACAUUAACCAGACAGCACAGAAACUAAGAAACACCAGAGGAAUGUAGACCAAUGAGCACAAUGUUUUCUAAUUUGGUGAAUCGUGGUAAAAACAUUCCAAAGACUUUUUUAAAAAGAUUGCAGAUGUUUGUUAAACAGCAGGAGGUUGGAAUCGUGUGUUAAUGAGCACUUUAAAGUGCAAAGACAGCCUUCAUGGAAUCCUCCACCAUUCCCUGUGAACCCGCAUAGUUCCCUUAAACCUCCCUGCUGGUUUCUCCUUCAGUUAUUAAUAUCUGCUUAUCGGGUGCAAAGGCAACUUGUAAUAAGUUCCUGAAAAAAUUCUGACAAAUCUGAGAGGAUAUUUCUAUGCUACCGCCCUUCAGUGCGUAUUUGUGUCUACAUUUAUAGUCAUUGAGCUAUAUUUUGCCAGAACAUACAGUUUUUUACAUGAGAAAAAUGUUAAACUCCUCUCAGAGCCGAUGCUCUCGUCGGGGUGCCGUUAAAACAAAGCCAAAUCUUCUCUUACAGUACUGUCUCCAGUUUAUUUGCCCCUUAGAACCAGUUGAAUGAAUCCGUGUCAUGUUUAGGCCUGCUGGUCAGUGAUCUCCACUCCGAUACCGACUAAAAAAUAGAAAAACAUGCCUUCUAGGUCAGAGGACUGAAGUUUCCAGAGAGGGCUACUGAACAAUCCAUGAGGAAAAUGAAUGCAUUUCCAGUUUUCUCUAUUAGUCGAUGAUCCAUCUGAACCUGUCCUAUGUGUUUUUUACAUUGUGGUGUUGGCAAGACUUCAGUGUGAGACGUUAGUUCAGAUGCACCCAACAGGAGUCGCCUGAAGGCCAGCACCGCUCAGAUUCCUUUUCCUGGCCGGCCGGCACUGCCUCGCUGUGGCCUCCGGUGCCGGUAACAUCGUACUGUAAAAGGCAGCCGCCGGCCGAGUCCAGGCUGAAGGUGAGGAGGGUUUUUGCCAGGGAUGGAAAAGAACACGAGGGCAGAUGGUGUUGAAGGCCUGAGGAGUCCUGGUCCGUCUGAGGUUCGUCCUCGCCGUCUUCUCUCCGUUCUGCCCUCUCGCCGAAUGUUCGGCUCCAUCCCCGGUUGCUGCUCCACCCUCUUCCCGUCUCCACGGUGCCGGGCUUCGGAGUGCUUCCACCAAACGCCCUCUGGUGGCUGAACUACGGGGUUGAGGCUGAACAAACAGAUCCUGACAUGAGAACAUGCAAUGAGGUACACUGCCACAGCUCCACCAUCCAGGGUCUGCCAGCCGACGAUCAGCCCUGACGAUUGAGAACUGUUGGGUCAGCUAGCAAACAUCCAGCACACCGUCUGUAGGUGCACAUGUAUGCAACCUGUUCAUCAUCAGAGCCUCCAUGUAGUAGUGAAUGAACAGCCAUGUUAGUGAGUGAGAGAAUAAUAAGAAAAACAGCCAAUACAAGGGUUCCUCAGGACCAACAACCAGACCACUGAACCAGCUGACUCAGGGGUGUCUCAAUGCAGUCCUCAUCCCCACGCAUGUCCUCAAGUGUCUCCAUGUUGUCUUGAACACAGCGUCCUCUCGGCGGACAAACCUCUAAAUUAUGAUUUGAACAUUGAGUGAUUCUUCAUUGUAACGUGGGUCGGGCCAGUUUUUUGUGGUGGUUGGCUGCCUGGCAGACAGAGCAUCUUUUCCAGACACGGACUCUUGUCCAAUCAGGUGCAAAUACACUGUGAUCCCUCCAUGUGUGUGUGUUGGACACACCGCCUCAUAAGAUCUACAACUGGGCUGCAUUUCAUUAGUGGUGCUCAAUGUCGAGUAUUUAUGCUUGCGUAUCCGUGUCAUUAGAAUAGUGGGAACUACAGUUAAUUAACCGAUUGAUUUUAAACGUCUACAGAGAGUCUCUAUGUACAAGUCUGGAUUUUUAUGAAACAUGCAGUAUAUUUUAGGUAUUUCUACAGAACAAUCACCAUUUUACAUUCUCUAAACAGUGAUUAGCUAGAAGCAGAUGAAAGGCGGGUUUGAUAUAUUUUUCUUGUUUCUUUAAACGGGUCUAAGAGCUAAGCGGUUCCUACGCUGUGCAGCGUAGAACUCAGGCUGCCACACUUUAUACCAUGAACAACGAGAACCCUCCUGUCCGGUCCGCUGCCACGCCUGAUAGAACCAACACACAGCAAGAGCGUGUGAACGUCGUUCUCCUCGGUCCUUGUUGUGCCUUGUUACUUUGGGUGCUUCGAUGCAGCCACGGCAGCCAGGUCCGCAAACCACGCCAACGUCUUUCUUUACUCGUUCCAUGUGCCAGCACGCACCCAACCAGAACCUCCCCAUCUGCGUCGCAGAACCAGAACCACACCGGUUCUCUGUUCUGUCCAUCGACUGUUCAGUCUUACAGCUUCAUCAGAAUGACACUGUUUCAGAACCAGGUCUAACCAGGUUCCGUCAGAGAUGCAAGAGAACACGAAAGGCGAGAUUGAACAUGUUCUGUAGGGAACACAGAGUUCCUCAGCAGAUCGACACUCAGAAAAGUAAUGGUUCUAACAGAAACCAGAAAAUGGUUCUUCCUAGUGAUGCACUAGAAGACUCAUUUUAGUUACACAAAGAACCUUUUAGCAAGAGGUUCUUCAAAGAACCCCCAAGAGUGCCUCAAAGAGCCAUCAGCAAAUGGUUCCUUUAGGCACUAUCAGAGCAAAAACAGGUUCUUUGAGGAACUAUUCCUAAAAAUGUUUCGUGCAAGAACCACCAAAGGUGCCUCAAAGAACCAUCAACAAAUUAGUUUCUUUAGGUACCAUAAAUGGUGCUCCAAGUUAUUUAAAGAACCAUUUUCCAGAUCGUUCUUUGUGGAUCCACCUGUUCUGGUUCUACUUUGAGAACAGGACCUGAUAAUCAUGAUAAUCAUCUAGGUCAUUUUAAACCCAAAAGUCAAAUGUGAGAAUUUGCAGCAUUUCUGGGUUCCUUCCAUUAGAACCUGUAAUAUUUUGGGUCAUUCAGACAGAACGUUACGUUCUAACAUGUCAGUUCAGGAUUCUGUGAAGAGCAUUUCUCUGUUUUCUGAUGUUUCAUCGACCAAAUUAUAAAAUAAUGUUCAGCUGCAGCUCUGAUUUCACACUGUUACCUGCCAAAGAAGCAAAGAACUCCAAUAUACAUGAAGAACUUUUAGAGAACUACAUACAGUCAGUGAAGAACCAUCCUCUAAAUAAACAGGUUCUUUAUUUGGUUCCUUGUUUAAAGAACCACUGAGGAACCUUUACUUUUCUGAGAGUGCAGCUCCAGCUGAUGGAACGUUUGUAGUUUUGACGGUUCUAAGGAGAACAGUAACAGAAACCAGCCACGACAUUGAAGGUCUGAUUGUUUUCUACUUGUGUCUCUGCCUUCACUUCUUCUUCUGUCUUGAUUCUGAAUGAUUUGUGGUUCCAGGACGUAACGUGGAAGCAGCUGAUGAAAGCGGCCCGAUCACCGGUUCUCCUCCCAGCAUGCCUUUAGAACCCCACAUUCAGCAUGCUCUGAUUUCUGCAUUCAUGUGUAGCAGCAGGCCGUUGUGGUGUUUGACCAUAUGUUGGAGAUAAAAUGGUGCGUUUUCUCCUUUUCUUUGUGUUAAUGACCUGGUGCUGAACAAACAUCUAAAGGUGCUACACGGUGGACUGCAUGGUCCACCUUCAGAGAGCUCAGCAGAACCUGCAGAACCCAAACCUGCAGCCUCCAACGUUCUGCAGCAGCACCUCAAAUCCUCACAGUUUACAGCAGAACUCAACUCUAUGGUGCCAUUUUCAGUUCCAACCUGCACAGAAACAACAGCUCCAGCUCCGGUUCUCUUUUAUUCAGUCUGCUCUAGGAUUUCUGUUCCUCAGAGAAUCAAAUUGACAGAAGACAAAAUGCAUCUUUUUAGCACAGGAGCACAAAUGUACUUCUGCUUCUGGAGUUUGGAUAAAACUAUAUAUAGAACGUGAUUGCUGUGUUGUAAAUUCCUGUCAUCUAUAUGUCCUUAACCUGUGUGUAUCUAUUUCUGUUGUUCUUGUAGAAUUGGCUGUAACCUUUUGUUUCAAAUGGAUUUGAUAUUCCGAUGAAGCGCCUAUGGUUGUCAUAUUAUUGCUGCUGAUUUUUGGAAUUGUUAUCCGAGAUGUUGGGAGAUCUUGCUUUGUUUCUCUUCAGUCAGUUUUAGAUUGUGUUAGCUUGUCGGUGUAUUGAUGGCUCUAUCGGGAAGCUGUUCCAGAGAUGUGUUGCGAUGCCGUGGCGUCUUUAUGAACGUGGACUCAUAUGACCUAUAAGGAAUGAUUUCUUUGUUGUUGUUCAAUAUAAAAUGUAAGUAAAUCGUUUCAUGGAAUCCCCGUUCUUUAAAAAAGCAAAACUGAUGUCCAGUAUUGUACCUACGCCCUAUUUUUGGGAACAAUAUGAAUAUUAUUAAUAACAUAUGGUGCUAAAGUUUUUUUUGUAUGUUUUGGUUUUUAGAUGAAAAGAGAAAUAUUAUGCUGAAAAUGUAAUGUUAAGCCUUACUGUAGAUUCAUAUAUCAGACUGUUCAUCCCAGAAGAGAAAAAUAAAUAUAGUAUUUGAAAGUGAAA